AAGCUUCAACCUCACACUAGCCAGCCCCAGACCCCAGAGCUUCAGCUCACUCCCACUAUCUUCGUCCUCCUCUCAACCACCACCAACUCCCAAAUCCCGCCGCGGAGCUCACAACAUCCAAGAAACCACUCGCGGGCAGCUUGCCACCCCGCGGAUCCAGGCCCCGCGAUGGCCGCCUGGGCGGCGCUCCUGGCCGUCGUCCUGGCGCUGUCGUGCGCGCGGGAGCGGCGGCUGCUGGCGGCCGACGCGGCCGUGGGGGUCAACUGGGGCACCCUGUCGUCGCACCGCGCGCCGCCGGCGGUGGUGGUGGACCUCCUGCGCGCGAACCGGAUCGGGAAGGUCAAGCUCUUCGACGCCGACGCCGGCGUGCUGCGCGCGCUCGCGCGCAGCGGCAUCGAGGUCAUGGUCGGCCUCACCAACGGCGAGCUCGCCGGCAUCGCGGGGUCGCCGGCGGCCGCCGACGCCUGGGUCGCGCAGAACGUCUCGCGCUACGUCGGCCGCGGCGGCGGCGUCGACAUCCGGUAUAUUGCUGUGGGAAAUGAGCCAUUUCUGACAAGCUACCAGGGUCAAUUUCUGUCAUACGUUAUUCCAGCAAUGGCAAACAUUCAGCAAUCACUGGUGAAGGCUAAUCUUGCUAGCUACGUGAAGCUAGUAGUCCCGUGCAACGCCGACGCAUAUGAGGGCGCCGUUCCGUCGCAAGGAGUGUUCAGGACUGAAUUGACCCAGAUAAUGACCCAGCUCGCCGCUUAUCUCAGUUCAAAUGGAGCUCCGUUCGUGGUCAAUAUCUACCCAUUCCUCAGUCUUUACCAGAAUUCCGACUUCCCAGAAGAUUAUGCCUUCUUUGAGGGAUCAACUCAUCCACUUGUAGAUGGCUCCAACGUGUACUACAAUGCUUUCGACGGCAAUUUCGACACGUUGAUUUCUGCUCUGGGUAAACUCGGCUACGGGCAACUACCCAUUGCAAUUGGUGAGGUGGGUUGGCCGACUCAGGGAGCACCAAGUGCAAACUUGACUGCAGCAAGGGCAUUCAACCAAGGGCUCAUCAACCGUAUCAUGAGCAACAAAGGGACUCCCCUCCGCCCUGGUGUACCCCCAGCUGAUGUCUAUCUUUUUGGCCUUCUUGAUGAGGAGCAGAAGAGUACCCUACCUGGAAACUUUGAGCGACACUGGGGGAUCUUCUCUUUUGAUGGGCAGGCCAAGUACCCGUUAAACCUUGGGUUAGGCAACCCGGUGCUGAAGAAUGCUAAAGAGGUGCCCUAUCUUCCGUCGCGGUGGUGCGUCGCGAACCCGGCUCAGAGCCUCGACAACGCGUCAACUCACCUGAAGCUUGCUUGCGACAUGGCGGAUUGCACCACCCUCUACUACGGAGGGUCGUGCAACGGCAUCGGGGAGAAGGGCAACGUCUCCUUUGCUUUCAACAGCUACUACCAGAUGCAGAAGCAGGAUGCCAAGAGCUGUGAUUUUGAUGGGCAUGGGCUGAUAACUUUCCUUGAUCCAUCUAUGGGUGAAUGCCGCUUUCUUGUUGGCAUCGAUGAUAGCAAGAGCUCUGCGGCUGCCUCUUGUGGCAAUUGCUGUGGGGUCUUCUGUGGGGUGUCGAUUUUCGCUUUGUGGUUGUUCAUGUACCUUAGGAUGAUGAGCUCUGCCUGAUGGUUGAAAUGAUCUAUUGGGGCAUGAUAGGCGUGCCUUUGUGAAAUACUACUAGCUUGUACGCUUGACUUCUAGAUGACUAGAUAUGAAUCCUAGAUUAUGAGCCCUAGAUUAUCGUAAGAUUAGCGAAGAAGACAAUUUUAGUCAUAUAUGGAGAUUAAUUUAUUGUUUAAAUUUCUA